AUGAAGACGUUCACUACCUUCGCCUCACUGGUGGCCUCGGCUACUUUCGCCAACGCUCAGGGACUCUAUAUCGACCUCGAAGGUCGAGCCAGAUGCACCAUUCCCAACGCCUCCUACUGUUCCGGCCCUUACAUCGUCCAAUGCGACGGAACCCUUGCUCUUGAUAGAGUGAACUGCAACGCCAUUCUGGUUGAAGCAGCCCCCGCUGGCAACGACGGUCAAGCCACCUGCUGGGAGUCUUCCGCCGUCAGCGGCAAUGCCGCCUGCCAGAAGAACUGCCGCGUCUAUGCUGUCCCGGCCCCGUUUAACUUGGCGCCUGAUGAGUGCACCCCUUACUUCCCCAGGACUACCACCCCUGCCCCAACCAUUCCUCCAACCAGUACUUCUACUACAGCCACUGGUGCUGUCUCUACUACGGGCACUACCACUGUCACUACCACUGCCACUACCACUGCCACCACUACGGGUACUACCACUGCCUCCAACACCAACACCGAUACCAAUACCAACAGCGCCCCUACCCUCCCGCCACCCACCACCCGCCAACCCUCCACCACCACCUCCGCCUCUUCAACCUGGGACCACCACCACUGGACCAAGUCCCACGGCCCUUGGCCAGAGUGGACCACCACUGCUUCGGCCUCCGCUUCCGCUUCCGCAUCCGCAUCCGCCUCCGCCGCCCCGACCCGCGCUCCCCAUCCCGGCCCCUGGACCAAGAAACCUUGGCCUAGUCACAAGACCAAGUGGGAGACUUCCACUGAUUGCGAGACUGACACUGUUACCGCUACCGCUGCUCCGGUUACCACUUUGCCUACCAAGGUUCCGGUGCCGGUGCCGGUGCCGGUUCCCACUACUCUGACAACUCAGGUUCCGGCUCCGCCUCCGAACCCGCCUGUUGUUGUUCCCACGCCUCCGAGCCCGACUGUUGUUGUGCCCACCACACCUCCGGCAAGCGAGACGUCCGCUGCCUCACCUAUUGGUGUCUCGCCGCCGCCCGUGGUGACGGCUGGUGCACAGAAGAUGAAGAAGACUGCUACGGCGGGAUUGAUGAUUGUCGGUGGGGUUGUGUUUUGGUUUCUUUGA